AUGGCAGACCCCACUCCCGGCAACGUCCCCCGCACGUGGCCAGGCGCGGCGCCCAGGGGGAGCAAUGAGGGUGACGGUCUGCGUCCGGACGCCAGCCUCACUGAGCCCACAGCCCCCUCGGUGGACCCAGCACAGUCGGACGAGACAGAAGCAGGAGACGCUGCGGCUUCACCCGCCGGCACUCGCGUCUUCGUCAACUUAUGGGCGAACGACAGGGAUGCGCGUUACUGGGACGACGCCGAGAGCUUCAAACCAGAGAGGUUCCAAGGCAGAGCCAUGGAUUUCAAGGGAGUCGACUUCGAGUACUUGCCGUUCGGGGCCGGGCAGAGGAUAUGCCCCGGAAUCGGGUUCGGGAUGUCGACCGUGGAGUUCGCCCUGGUUCAUCUCCUCCUGCACUUCGACUGGGAGCUGCCCCAUGGAAUGAGACCGGAGGAGCUCGACAUGUGCGAGACCAUGGCGUUAGUCGCACCGAGGAAGACGGAGCUGAAGCUGAUUCCUACCGUUCGAGUUCCUCUCCCCGUCGCAACCUGA